AUGACCACCAACCCUAACGAGCCCGGUGCCCCCCUCUACUCCCAGGCCGUCUCCCAAGACGCCGGCGAGCCUGUCACUGCCGAUGAGAUCGAGAAGGCCCCCAAGACCCUCGGCUCCCUCGAGAAGGAGAAGAACGAGAAGAAGGACACCCAGACCGAGAGCAGCAAGGACGAGAGCAAGAAGGACACCUCCUCCUCCAAUGACCAGUCCUCUGAGCAAAAAGAAAAGCCCUCUGGCCUCCUCUCGAGCGCCACCAGCACCGUCACCGGCGCCGUCGGCAGCGUAGCCAGCGGCGUCACCAACACUGUCGGCAACACCACCUCUUCGGUCGCCAACACGGUCGGCGGCGUUGUCGGCGCUGCUUCUCGCGGCAUUGGCGAGACCAUCACCAGCGUCACGGGCGGCCUCGGCAAGCCUGUUGGCGAGACCAUUGCCAGCGUCGGCACCAGCUUCGAGGGCGCUGUCAGGGGCAACAGCGAGGAGAAGGACGACAAGGAGACUAGCUCGGACAACAAGAAGGAGGAGAAGAAGUAA